AUGGCCCCAAAAAUUGUUGAAUUAUUGCGAGGUAAAGAUCGAAAAGAUUUCAUACAUAAUUCUGAUUUGGGAAAUUAUGUGGUGUUAACUAAUGCUAGACAUGUUAUUUUUUCCGGUAAUAAUAAGUUAGAUGAUAAAAAAUACCGAAAUCAUUCUGGAUAUCCUGGUGGAUUACGCGAAAGAAAUCUUCGUGAAAUGUUAGAGAAGUAUCCACGAGAAUUAGUUUUUCGGAUUGUAAAGGGGGUAAUUAACCAUCAGGGUAAAAUAGUAAACAAUCUUCCUCUUAAUCCGGCUAUUUGGCAAGUGCCGCUUUCGCAUUUAAAUAUUUCCUUGGUUAAUCGCUAUUAUUUGGCUAAUCAGCGUCAAGGAACUAAGAAAGUAAAAAGUCGGGGAGAGGUGAGUGGAAGCACCAGAAAAAUUUAUCGACAAAAAGGAACAGGAGGAGCCCGUCACGGACAUCGGUAUGCUCCCCAAUUUAGAGGUGGAGGAGUAGCAUUUGGACCAACUGGAAAAGAAAAUUAUUCCCUGAGCAUUAAUAAAAAACUUAAAAAAAAAGUUUUGCAAUCAAUUUUAAGUGAGAAAAUGCAAAAUAAAGAAAUUAUUGUAGUUGAAAAAAUAAAUUUUGAUAACUACAAAACCAAAGAGGCAGUUAAUUUCUUAGCCGCUUUACCUGCUAAGAAAAAUAAAACUCUGCUUAUUUUGGCUAAUAACGAGGAAAAUAAAGAAAAAAUUAUUUAUUCUUUCCGUAAUCUCCCUUACAUAAAUAUCACUGAUAGCAACUCAGUAAAUACUUCACAAAUAUUAUCUCCUAAUUAUCUCUUGUUUACUCAUACUUCUUUCACCGAAACUGAAAAAAGGUUAAAACAAUUUGAAAAAGAUUUCCCAGAUAAGAGUGUGAGAGAGAUUAGGGCUGCUUACAAAUAUAAAUACAGCAACUUUACUAACUGUGAUUUAGAUUUAAGCAAGUAUGUUAAUUUAGAGAUUUUAGUAAUGGUUCAAAACCGCAUAACUUCCAUAGAUUUCUUAAAAACUUUACCUAAUCCCGAGAAGUUAAAAGAAUUAUUAAUUUACAAUAAUAAUAUAAAACCAACCGACAUAGAGAUAUUUAGCAGAUUUAUUAAUUUAGUCCAAAAUUUAGAAACCAAAAUCACCCAAACCAAACAAGAACUAGACCGAGUUAGAACCCAAGAAACCGACAAAACUGCUAAAAUAGGCAGAUUAGAAACCAGUAUCCAACACUUAGAACAAACCAAAACUAGAUUAGAAACAGAAUUAGCCCAAAAAGAGCAACAACACCAUAAUCAGUUAGCCGAAAUAGUUAAAACUAUCUUUCCCAGUAGCACUAAUUAUGCUGAUAUUAGUUUUGCUGAUUUGAGGGAACAGAUUAAGAAAGUCAAAAAAAGUAACUUAACUUCUCCAAUCAGUUAUGAUAAUAGCACUCUGUUAGAAAUCAUUUAUCCCAACAUUCCUUUCAAUGAACCAGAAUAUAAGAACUUAACUAAUUUAUUAAGACUUCCCCAAGUAGAGAAAGCACAAAAAGAUUUGGCAGAAAUUAACCAAAUAAUAUUUUCUGACUUUUCUAAUAGUUCAGUUGACUUAAAAACUGAACUUACUAGGCUAAAAAUAAAUGAUUUAAUUAUUCAAAUUCCAAGUAAAAAAAAUGAAUUAACAGAAUUAGUUGCUAACACUAAAAAUAAACUUAAUAAGGCCGAAAACUACUUGUUAGAGCAACUUCUUACUGAAAAAUAUGACUCAGAAAAAUUAAUUGAACUGAAAACUGCCUUAUCAGAAUACAAAACAGAAAUAGAAAUUAUUCUAACUAAAAAGCAAGAGAUAAACAAUUUAAAAGUUCACCUCCAAAGUUUACAAGAAAUCCAAAAUGUAAUAUUAGAAUUAGAAAAACAGUUAAGUUUUGAAAGUGAGGCCAAAGUUGAAAUUAAUAUAAGAUAG